GGAAACGCUCGAGGCCCUCUCUCAACCAUUUCUUGUAGCGCACAAGACCUUGUCACGCUUUCCUGCUUCCAGCACUCUCUUCAAAUUCAUUUCCGAGCAAAGGUGACGGCAUCUGCAGACUCUGCCGCCUUCCUACGCACUAACACUGCGCUUUUGGAGCUCUUGCAUACCUAGCGAUAUUGUCAACUGCACGCUGCGAUCGGCGCCAACUGCUAGCUACCUACGUCGCUGCGGGGAAGCACCCACAAAACACCACGAACCUCCCCAUCUGACUUGAACGCUCAAUUGUCUCUUGCCACGAGACUUGCUCCUGUUUGCCCUCCGGCAUCUGCAACAUGGCGCAACCUUUGGAAGACGUGUACUGCACGCUUCUUAUGAGCGACUCGUACCUACCAGGCGCCGCUGUCCUCGCCCAUUCUCUACGCGAUGCGGGUACUACCAAGAAGCUUGCCGUUCUUGUAACUCUAGAGACCCUGUCUGCCGAUACCCUCGCGCAGCUCAAGGUCUUGUAUGACUAUCUGAUACCGGUCGAGCGCGUGAGAAAUGCCAACUCUGCGAAUCUCUACCUCAUGGGCCGUCCCGACCUAGCCUUCGCCUUCACCAAGAUUGCGUUAUGGAGACAAACACAAUUUCGCAAGGUCGUGUACCUUGAUGCCGAUGUUGUAGCUCUGCGGGCACUCGAUGAGCUGUUCAACAUUGACGCGCCCUUUGCGGCAGCACCAGAUAUCGGCUGGCCCGACGCCUUCAAUAGCGGUGUCAUGGUCAUCACACCAAACAUGGGCGAAUACUGGGCAUUGCAGACUAUGGCGGCCACCGGGGACAGCUUCGAUGGCGCAGAUCAGGGCCUGCUGAACCAGUACUUCGAGCAUCGUCCAUGGCAGCGACUGAAGUUUACCUACAACUGCACGCCAAAUGCAGAGUAUCAGUGGGAACCAGCGUACCGAUACUACAAGAGAGACAUUGGUGCGGUUCAUUUUAUUGGCAAGGACAAGCCAUGGUCAGGCUCCCGAAAGAGCGGGUCUGGUGUCUACGGCGAACUCCUGGCUCGAUGGUGGGCGGUACAUGACAGGCAUCUCAGGAAACCAGAGGCAGCUUCUCAGUCGGAAAAGCAGCAGCUAGAACAAGCGACGGGUAAGGCACAAAGCAACCAAAGUGCCACCUCACGCUCAGCCCAAACUGAACUGGGAGCCCACACCACUCCUACUAUUGAAGAAGCAAAGAAUGUUGACCAAGGACUGGCAGAACCAACACGGACCGUACAGCAGCGUCAAUUUUCUGCUCCCGAUAUGGAGUGGGAUGCAACAAGAUCCGAGCCCCCAACACAGUCGAGACCCGAAGCAGCCAAUUUCCCAAGCCAGACGUAUACUUUUAGUGAAAGUCGUUCGCUCUACAAGGCGCCAAGGGCCUACCCUGAACCCCCGAGAGACCUGUGGUACAAACUACCGGAGAACAAACCGAAACCUGCCGAAACACCCAAACCUAUCUUCCCCUGGGAGAAAGAACCCGACAGACCCAGGGCUACGCGUGUUUUUGCCGAAGACCUCCCAUCCGAGCCAACACCUUCCGCAGUCUUGUCGCCAACCCAUCCUUUCUCUACAGUGCAUUACGAUUACGAAGACGAACUAGAGGCUGGGCCUGGAGAUGCGGGCGUAGGGGUCACAAGCCCUGGAAAUGUCUCUUCGCCGAAGUCUGCUGACGAGCAAUGGCAGACCUUCCAAGAGAGUAAUCGUAAUGCGUGGGACACCGUUCCUGGAAUCGACAACUAUGUACGCGCAAUAAUGGACUCACAUGGGAGGCGUGGUAAGACCCAAAUCCUUCAGCAGUCCACUGGCACAGAAGACAUUGCUUCGCCUUUGCUUGAACGCAGGAACCGUCGCGAGAGCCUCAUCCUUACCGACUUCCCGUCAGCCGUAGAAAGGCCAAGUCUUCCCGUAACGCCAGCGCCCCUCCGACGUCCUUCGUUCUGGGGAGAGGAAAGAAAUGAGGCGGGCCAGCUUCCAGUAGCAGAAGGGGUUCCUGAUCAAACCGAAUGGGUAUGUCCGCAUUGCGGUUUUUCAUCAGUCAAUGCGUCAGAUUUCCAUCGUCGUCGCGAAUCGCUUGCUUCUGCUAGCACCGUUGUAGCCACCCCUCUACCCUCUGCUGUUUCUGCUAUUUUACCCAAAGCCAGUCCUACAAAAGUAGAGUUACCGGCGGAGCUCAAGACCGCUCCUUCAAAGGACGAAAGGGCAACGCUGCCCAAGCCUAGUUCCACAGAGGACUCAGCGAGGGCAGCAACACCGCGAAUUCCAACGAUAUUGCACCCGCGCCGUGGUCUUAGUGCCAGUGGAGUUCCAUUAGCGUCUUUGACCAGUCCUGAACUUUGCGCCCAUCACACGCACUCUCCUGGCCCCAGCGCGUCUUUGUCUUCUGCAUCUGCUAAUCCCAGUGAAAAGCUCGAUCAGUUACGACGGUCCUCACUCGUCGAGUUCGAGCACCUGAAGAAUGAUGAACAUCCAAACCCGCCGUUACGAGCGCUACCAGAACAUUCAGUCGUUACAGAGUAUGACACGGUGACUUCGAACAUUCCGCGUAGUGGAAGUACUUCACCUCCCGGAGUAGAUAGCGUUGAUGGAGCGUCUGAAAGAAAGAUCGCACGGUCACCUGCGCCGGCAGCGUCAAUGGGCACUGCAUCCGCCGUACAUCACUCAUUAGGUCGCGUUGCGAGGGAGUCUUUUGCAGAAGACCAACCAGAAGAGGGCCAGACUGGAGACGAGCCGGUAUCUUCUGCGGAGCAAAGCUCGCCUAGCAAGCCUGCGGACCGGUCAUCCUCGACCGGACAAAACACAAGGCUCUUUGCAGCAGGAGGCUUCACGUCUCAGCCUCACACGUUCGACCACUCAUCUGGUGGAGACAAUAAUAGCUCGCAGUUCUCCUCUGAAGUUUCGAAUACCUACAGCCAAGACUUCUCGAGUUCGACAUCCCAGCAUUCGACCUCAACACACGGAUCUGCAGCUCAGCAGCACUCGGGCUCUACGGGUUCGCAGGUCAAAGCCGGCAAUACCACGUUCACGCUGCCAGACUUCGGUGACAGUAGCUCCAGUCAGGCCACAGCUGGUAAAGACGAGAUUUUGAGUCCUACGCAGCCUGGAGGCGAGGAGGACGCGAGGAAGGGUCCAGGUCUGUUCUAGCUUUGUUCUGCAGGCUUGAUGAUCGCUAUGCGCAAUGUGUAAAGUCUUGUUUGUUCGUGUGCCGGCAGCCUCGUUUUCACUGUUCAUGCAUGUUCAUAGCUUAUCCUCAUGUACCAAUAGCUUCCCUUAUCGUCUGUUCACGAUACCUUUUUAGCAUUCGCAUCAGCAUACAUAGCGACGAACUAUCAUUUCGUCAUUCGUUACGUCUGCUUAUCAGUUGAUCAAAUUGACCGUUUGCAUAGGACAAUCUACUAUAUCGUGCCCUCAGAACGUAGAUGCUUGGCUCCCAUAAAUAAACCUCAGAC